UGUUGUGGUUUACGUGAGAAGUCAGGUAGCUAGCAGUGGCGGAGCUAGCUUACAUUUAUUUAGCCGUAGCUUAGCUGUGUGUUUGCUACCAGCUUGACCGCUUUCUCUCUCCCUCUCUCUCUCUCUAACUUGGCUGCUGCUCUCAGUAACAAAUUAACCGCUGAGUUGGUGAUAGCACGCGCUCGUCUUUCAAUGAAUGCGCCCCACAGACCGGCUGCCUAACGUUUAAGCUACCCCGGCCGGAACCGUGGGACGAAGUGGAGCUAAAGCUGCUAACUUUAUAGCAAUGCGAGGCUACAUGGAAGCUAUCUGAUCAGAUGUGGUGGUCAGCUCAAAUACGACGACGUCUCCCUCGUUGAACAUAUACUCUGAAAGAACUCUUGAGAUGAGCACUGAUGUAGCAGUGUUGUGACAGUAGUCCUCUCUCUCUACCUCCGGUCCCCAGUGCCUCACCUCAGACAACAGACGACUCACGUGGUGAAACAGCCCCUUCCUCACCCCGGACCCCUUUGGCGUUGACACCCAGUCCCACAACCUUCUCGCCUCUUCUCAGCUUUCAGCUCAUGUCCACCAGAAGGAGCAGCGAAUAUUUUUUUUCACACAGGAGCUGAACACCUCCACUCGGACCAGUGGGGGUGUUGAAGAGUUGUCCGCCCCACCGUUUAUCCUCUUGGAUCUUGAAUAUAUUUUUAUAUAUUUUUUUUCUCCUGGUUGUCUUGAGUCCGGUUCUGCCGGCCGUGUGACUUUUCAAAACUGGGGCGCGAUUCAUGGGAUGCAACCAUGUCGGAUCUCAGUGAGCGCAGGCCGGUCAACACGGACUACGCUGUCUCCCUGCUGGAGCAGCUCAAGUUCUUUUAUGAACAGAAAUUACUGACUGACGUUGUACUGCUGGUGGAGGACACAGAGUUCCCGUGUCACAAGAUGGUCCUUGCCACAUGUAGCUCCUAUUUCAGGGCGAUGUUCAUGAGCGGCCUCAGCGAGAGCAAACAAACCCACGUCCACCUGAGGAACGUGGACCCGGCCACCCUGCAGAUCAUCAUCACCUACGCCUACACCGGCAACCUGGCCAUCAGCGACAGCACGGUGGAGCCGCUCUACGAGACGGCCUGCUUCCUACAGGUGGAAGACGUCUUGAUGCAGUGCAGAGACUAUCUGGUAAAAAAGAUAAACGCCGAGAACUGCGUGCGCAUGUUGAGCAUCGGCGACAUGUUCAGCUGCAGCGAGCUCAAGCAGAGUGCCAAGCGUAUGGUGGAGCACAAGUUCCCCAUGGUGUACCGGCAGGAGGCCUUCCUGCAGCUCUCCCACGAGCUGCUGAUAGACAUCCUGAGCAGCGACAACCUCAACGUGGAGAAGGAGGAGACGGUGCGCGAGGCGGCCAUGCUGUGGUUGGAGUACAACAUGGAGGCGCGCUCGCAGCACCUGUCCUCCGUCAUCAGCCACAUACGCAUCGACGCCCUGUCGGAGGUGACCCAGCGCGCCUGGUUCCAGGGCCUGCCGCCCAACGACAAGUCGGUGGUGGUGCAGGGCCUCUACAAGUCCAUGCCCAAAUUCUUCAAGCCUCGGUUGGGCAUGACGAAGGAGGAGAUGCUCAUCUUCAUGGAGGCCAUUUCAGAAACGUGUCAAGGCAAAGGCUACGUCAUGUCCAUGUCCGUGCCUACCACGGUAGUGUGUUACAGCCCGCAGGCGGAGAAAGUCUACAAGCUCUGCAACCCCCCAGGAGACCUGCAGAAAAUGGGAACGCUCGUCACCCCGGACAACGACGUGUUCAUCGCCGGCGGGCAGAUCCCGCUCAAAAACUCAAUCACCAACCACGGCAAGUGCGGCAAGUUCCAGGCCCUCUUCCGCUCGGUCGACAGCUUUUUCUGGUUCGACGCCCAGCAGAACUCCUGGGUCCCCAAAACCCCCAUGCUGUGCGCCCGAAUCAAGCCCUCGCUGGUCUACUGCGACGGCUACAUCUAUGCAAUCGGGGGCGACAACGUCGGCGGGGAGCUGAACAAGCGGACGGUGGAGCGCUACGACUGCGAGAAGGACGAGUGGAGCAUGAUGAGCCCGCUGCCCUUCGCCUGGAACUGGAGCACGUCGGUGGUGGCGCACGACUGCAUCUACGUGAUGACCCACGACCUGAUGUACUGCUACUUCCCCCGAGCGGACACCUGGGUGGAGAUGGCCAUGCGCAAAACCAGCCGCUGCUUCGCGUCCGCCGCCGCCUUCGGCGACCUCAUCUUCUACAUCGGCGGCCUCCACGUGGUCAGCAACUCGGGCAUCCGCCUGCCGACGAGCACCAUCGACGGCUCCUCGGUCACCGUGGAGAUCUACGACGUGAACAAGAACGAGUGGCGCCUGGCCGCCAACAUCCCCGCCAAGCGCUACUCGGACCCGUGCGUGCGGGCGGUCGUGCUGCUCAACUCGCUGUGCAUUUUCAUGCGCGAGACCCACAUGAACGAGCGCGCCAAGUACGCCAUCUACCAGUACGACGUGGAGCUGGACCGCUGGUACCUGCGGCAGCCCGUGUCCGAGCGCGUGCUCUGGGACCUGGGAAAGGACUUCCGCUGCGCAGUCGGGAAGCUGUACCCCUCCUGCUUGGAGGAGUCCCCCUGGAAACCCCCGACCUACCUCUUCUCCCCCGACGGAGCCGAGGAAUUCGAAGUAGACGGAGAGCUGGUGACCCUCCCUCACGUAUAGCUCCUGGUCUCCCCCCUCCCCCACCUCUCUGACUCUGUUACACUGAGGGAUGAACAUGAAGGGGGAGCAGGGUGCGACCGAUUUGAGAUAAAAAAAAAAAAAGGGUUUGAUGCAGGGUGGGAAAUUACCCAUUUCAAAAAAUGUGAACAUCUACCAGCCACUGACGGAAGUUUAAAUUCACCAGCCACUCGGUCGUAAAACGUUUUGUCGAAAUUCAGCGUGAUUCGGCGGGCGCUAAUUUCCCACCCUGGUUCGACGUCGUCCGUGUUGCGGAGGGAUCGCCGGACUUUCGGAGGAUGCAGCUGAUUUAACAGAGCAGCUGGAAAAAAGCGAAAAGACGCCCCCCCCCCCCCACCCAAAUACUAGUAAUCUGGAAAUUUCUCAUUUUAUUUUCCUUCUUAUUUUAUCAGCUGUGACAUCUGUUAGAUACUAUAACAUCUGUCAUACUGUUUCUACAAUGUGAUAAUCUAAACAUCAGCUGGUUUUGUGAUGGUGACGAGGUCGACGAUGCACUUAAAAAAACUGGUAAACCUUUUCGUAAAUGACAAUGGCAACUGUACCAAAAUCCCCCCCCCUUCCAGAUCGUGGUUUCCUCUCUUACCCUCUGUUACUGACGAAGGAGAAUUUACGGAAAAUCGUUGUUCAAACGUCGUAUUCUGUAGGCAUUGAAAAGUUCGCUGUUGGCUCGGCUGCAGUGUCAUAAUUUCAGAUUUCUUGAUAUAAGAAGAAGAAGAAGAAAAGACGGUCAAACUCCAAGAAGUAUUUCGUUUACAGUGUUGGAAAACAGAGAAAUGCAGCAAGUCUUUACAUUUAAGACGAACCAGAGAAUAUUUGACCUUAACGUUGAAGAGAUUUUCUUUUGCAGUUCUUAAAACAAAUAUUCCCUCACAUUCACUCACAGAUAUUUCAACAACACGGCCGUCUUCAGGAGAGGCCGGUUCUUCCUGGCCUCCUUAAAUAAAGAAUAGCAGACUCUCCAUACCAGCUACCUCUUUUACCCGUUGGUUGUUGUCUUUGUGGUGCGUUCAAAUUCAGUUUGGUCCAUGUACGAGCGGCCUGAGGCAGCGUCACAGUCGGCCUUCGUUGCUGCUAAUUCUUUGACGUGUGUUCAUACCUUAAUAUAUUAUGUUUGCAGAGGAGCGAGGGCGAGUCGCUGUUUGAACAAUCAACACGGCCGCGUCGUCUCUCCAUUGUCUAAUCAUGCCGGCCUCCGCAAACUAGCAAAGCUUUUCAUAGCCUACAGGUGCGUUCGAUUGUCCGCUGAGUGCUCCUUUUUUUUAAAAAAAAAAAACGGUUUCAUCAUAAGGUCCUGCAGAUUCAAAGGAACCAGUUUUUUGUUUUUUUUUUCCGGAUGGGAUUGAAAGGGCCGACGGGGCGUGAGAGGCGGAGGGGAGGGUUUAAAAAGAGGGCGACUGCAGGUCCAGUCGCCCGUCACCUCUCCUCCUCCCUCGUCACUCCGCCCUCCACCCUCCACCCUGAGUCCACUAUGGCGCCUCCGCAGCCUGUCCAUCAAGUCUGUUUGCACACAGAUCUUCCACACAACCAGCAGUUUACACCUCACUCUAUCCAUCGUCACAUGAUCAGCUUUUCCAAGAGGGUCUCCGCAAGUCUCCACUCACAGUACAAACAUAGGUUUCGGGCUCAUGCGUUUUUUUUUUUAUUAUUAUUAUUUGUUUCCAGGCUGCUUAAAAAAACUUUUUUUUUUUCAUAUGUUUAAAAGAACUGUUUUAGCGUGGGGGAAAAUAACCAGGUCUAUUUUGUAUUAGUGUUUUUUUUUUUUUUUUUUUUUUUUUAAUUUAAUAUCAGACAUUACUGUAGUGUGAUUGUGGGUAGAUGUCCAUUUUUCCUAUCGGAUUUCAUUUCUCUGAGUGAAUACUGAGAAAUCUUGCUGCUGAUGGGUUAUUAGAGGAGAGGGCUGGCCCAGAGCUGUUGCUAUGGAAAUCGUCCCGGCAACCACUAGCAGCAGUGGAGAAGGGGUCGGGUCGGGGAGGGGAGGGGUUCUUCCUCCAACUUUAAAAAAAAAGAAAAAAAACAGAAAAAAAAAAACAAA